AGGCGAGAUAAGGGUGUCCAAAUGAGUAUCCAAAAUGAGUACGAGUACUAUUUUUAAUCUUUUUUGACUUGCCCCUAAAGGUCGGCCACCGACCAUUCCCGUCUUGCCAACUCUCUCUGUCUCUCUGAACACAGGGAUAGGAUAUCAUCUCCUUACACUGCUCUUUCCCGUGCUCUCUCUCUCUCUCUGGACACUUCUCUUUCCCGUGCAUCUACUAGCGACGCGAUCGGAAUUUAUAGCAUUCGUAUAUUUUGAUCGAACUCUGAAGUCGUGGAAGAUCUGAGGCCUUCGGAAUGAGCGCGUCCAGAUUCAUCAAGUGUGUGACGGUGGGCGAUGGCGCCGUUGGCAAGACAUGCCUCUUGAUUUCCUACACCAGCAACACUUUUCCCACGGAUUACGUUCCCACUGUAUUUGACAAUUUCAGUGCCAAUGUGGUUGUCAAUGGGGCUACAAUUAAUCUUGGGUUGUGGGAUACUGCUGGGCAGGAGGACUAUAACAGAUUAAGACCACUGAGUUAUCGUGGAGCUGAUGUUUUCAUUUUGGCAUUUUCUCUCAUUAGUAAAGCCAGCUAUGAAAAUGUUUCAAAAAAGUGGAUCCCUGAAUUGAAGCAUUAUGCGCCUGGUGUUCCGAUAGUUCUUGUUGGAACAAAACUUGAUCUUCGCGAUGAUAGCCAGUUCUUUGUAGACCAUCCUGGUGCUGUCCCAAUUACUACUGCUCAGGGAGAAGAGCUCAGGAAAUUGAUUGAUGCCCUAGCUUACAUUGAAUGUAGUUCAAAGACACAACAGAAUGUGAAAGCAGUGUUUGAUGCUGCCAUUAAAGUUGUGCUCCAACCACCCAGGCAGAAGAAAAAGAAGGGAAAAUCUCAUAAGGGCUGCUCCAUUCUGUGAUUCACAUAAAUAGGUCCAUGAAUGCCGCUAUCAUCUAUAUACCCCCAAGCCCCUUUUCAUUUUCCUUUAUUUCAGUGGAAGAAGGAGGUGCGUGCGUGCCAGAUGAAAAGCUCGUAUGCUGUAAGUGGCCUAAGUUUCAGCGGGGCUAGGUGUGGUGUAUCCAUGUUGCAGGGAUGUUCGCUCUUUUAGGCCAUUUUUAUUUUCUUUGUUAUGAUUUAAUGAUAAACAUUAAGGGUAGUGAUGUCGCCUUUAAAUUUGUUGCUUUCUAGCAGUCAAUUUGUAGGUUAUUGUCUGAACGGUUGGCCAAGUGUUGCAUCAGCCCUAUUUAGAAGUUGAGUCAUUAGGCAGUAUUUUGUUUACACUUUCUGGUAUUAGGAC